UCCCAUUCUCCCAAAUCAUUAACACCCACUUUUUGUCAUAGGCUGUUCCAUUUACACAUUAUUAUCAUCACAAAAUGCUUAGUUGGCAACUUCUGUCACCUAAAGAUUCGAUAUGUAAAAAGCAUAAGAUUUAUAAAUUAAAAAUUUCAGAAACAUUAGUUUUCAUGAUUAACUACCUAGUUUAUAUUCGGAAGGCUUGAUCAAAUAACAAACGAGGUCUAUUUAGUCUCAAAUUAUUUUGCUAAUAGUAUAAAGUAAUGUAGAAACUGCAACAAAUGCCCCCCAUGUGGGUAUAGCUUGCCGGUGUAACCCAAGGUUAAAAGUGUCUUUUCGAACGUGGUGUUAAUGCUUAAACCCAAACUUCAUCUAAACUAAAAAAAAAAUUGGGUCAAAAAAACACUUUACCCUUAAGAACAGAACACAACAGUUUCGUGUUUCAACCUCUCCUUCGAAUCAGGUAUAUAGAAGCUUGUUUCAUGGAUAAUGGUACUCCUAAGAAAUUAAAUAUCUUACCUGAUCACUUUACUGUUCCUAACCAAACCACGGAAGCUUCUCAAGAGGACUCUCCUUCUUCUCCAUCAUCUUCUCACCCCAAAGAAGAUAACAUUUCUUCAAGUAGGUCUCAUAGUCAAAGCCAGUCCAGUACUCGCAGGAAACUGAAAAGAGCAGCACAUAUGCUGAAUCUCUUCUCUCUUCGCCGUCUUCCUUGGGUUUCUGAUGGUCAAGACAAGGUAGAGCUAUCAGCAGCAGAGUUAGAGUCACUUAGAUCAGAACUAUCUGAGUUAGAAGAAAGAGAAUCUUACCUCAAAGCACAGCUUGAACAUGUGGAUGAAGUCUUGCGCUCUGCUCGUUUAUCUGGCUAUCUCUUCAUCCGAAGUCGUUGGGAAGCUCUCCCUGGUGAACCACCUCCGCUUGACGAUGCAGAAGUAGAUGACUGGCUCCCUAGAUUCGUCGUCCUUCAAGGACCUUGUCUCUUCUUCUACUUAUUAUCAACUGAUUUGAGCCCUCAAGACUCGACAUUGCUAGCGGAUAUCGUUGAAGUUGGUUCGUUGCCAAGCUACACGAGAGAGUUCGAUGAAACUCAUCACUGCUUUUAUAUCUUAACCCGUCAAGGUCUAAGGUUUGAGUGCUCAAGCACUUCUAAAACACAGGUCAGGUGGAUUCGUGGUUGUCGGUAUUGCGACAUGAUUGUAGGUUUGUGCCAGAAGAAAGGUUACCAGAUGGAUCAAGCGAAACUGCUGGAGUGGAUUGAAGAUAGUUUUCAUUUUUUCUAUGUAUAUAAUAUGCUUCUUUUAAGAUAGUUAGAAUUCACGUCAUUGAAAAAUUCUUUUACUGAACUGGUGAUUAUAAACAUCAUGUGGCUUUGUUGUGUAGUUACUGAACUUUGAGGUGGACUCUCGGUUUGCAAUAAUGAAAGAGUAAAGAAAGAGUACCAACAACUAUGGGCUAGAGCCAGAAGAUUUUACUUACUAAAAAAACCACAAAGCUUUUAUAGAUUUAUAUAUUCUUGUCAAAGCACUAAUGCAGUUCUUUGUGAAUAUUUGGCUUACUUUCGUAUCUUGAAAAUGUAUCUAAGAGAAAAAAUAUAUAUAGUUCCAUUCGUUUGUUUAACUGAAACUAAUGUCACAUCUUUACGUUGGUUAAUAUAAUUAUGUUAGGCACCAGUUCUCAAAGUUGGGGGUGUAGCUCAUAUGGUAGAGCGCUCGCUUCGCAUGCGAGAGGCACGGGGUUCGAUUCCCCGCACCUCCAUUUCAUUUGUUUUGGCACUUCCUCUAAUUUCUAUACGUUUUAUUGUUUUAGUGGGCCUCACUCAGUUAAUUGAGGCGAAAGAAACUGGGAGCUUCUUCUCUCUUUCCCUUUGCCUCUGCUAAUCUCCACUUUUCGUCCUUUCCUGAGAUGGAAAGUAAUUACGUAAGGAAGUAAUAAAAUACACUACUGGUUAACUAAAAUAGCAAACAAAAUAUUUACGUUUCGUUGUGUUCAUUACACAUAAAAAUAUCAUAAAUAUUCUGGUGGCUAAAGACUUUGUUACUUUGUAAGGCUGUAUCUACGUACGGCCAUCUUCUUCAUUGAAUAAAGGAGAGUAUUCAAAGUAAAUCACAGAACAUUUGAAAUAACAUUAGUUGCCCAUUAAAUCUUUAUAAAUAUUAUGGUCCCGGGCCCUAAGCUAAGUACCAUCGAGAAGCGGCUAAAGACUUCAACCUAACUCCAUUAGCUUUAAUUUACCGUCACGAUCAUUUACUUGUCCAAAGAACAAACUGCUCUUUUGUUUUUAGUUUGACUUGAUCGACUUUGUUUACGGAUUUGACUCAAUAUAUUGUUGGUCGAUCCCAUAAUAAUAUAACAUACACCUCCUUUCCAAUAUAAGGUUCUAUAUUGAUUUUUUGGGGACUGCUUCAAAACCAAAUAAUAUUUGAUAAUUCGGAACGUCACUCAAUUUGACAAGAGAUGCUGUGGAAAUGAGCCACACAAAUCAAACUUCUCCACUAGAGGCAGAGCUAUUGUUAGCUAACAAAUCAACAAGCACUUAUGACUUAUCCCUUAAAUGUCUCCUGGUCCAAUAAGAAAAAGACAUCCAUAUGUUCUUGCUAGUUUUUUUUUGGACUGCAAACGGCUGUUCUAGCUAGCCUAUCCCUAUGCUUCCACGUUAUAUUACCAAAUUCUGGCUCAUUUAGCAAAUACUAUAACUAUAAGUCUAUAAUGUAGUUUAUUUUCAUAUAAUAAAAGGUUUCAACCUAACUAACAUUUAAGUAAAUAUACAGUCAAAACUCAAAAUUGCUAAAUGAGCCAGAAUUUCAUUUAUAGUUAACUAACAGUUAACUAACAUUUCUCUCUCUAGACUAAGAGCAUGAUUAUCGGGAUUGCUUAGGUAGGGUGCUUAAAUUAUUUUUGAUUUAAAAAAAAAGAAAAUUACCGUUUAAAUGAAGAAUCGCUGCUUAAUUAGGAAGAGGAAGAACCAGCGCUUAUGAGACACGCGUCAGACACAGGAGUCUCCUCCUCUCUCUCAUCUCUAUCUCUCUCCCAUGAAAUUAGAUGGCUUUAAUUCCAAAACGUGUGAUUGAUCUCAAACGGAUGAUUCGAUCUGGUACACUCCAUGUUUAGAACAACAAGGAGUUUUGGAAUCACUCCCAACAUCUUCACUUGUAAUCUCCUCGUGAAAGCUUUGUGUAAGAAGAACGAUGUGGAGAGUGCCUACAAGGUGCUCGACGGAAUUCCCGAGAUGGGUCUGGUGCCGAAUCUGGUGACGUACACGACUAUUCUUCUUUAAGGUUGUAGCUUUGUUGGUUCUUGUUUUUUUUAAGGUUGUAGUUUGUACUUAUCUUCUUGGUUUUAAAAGGUUGUAGCUUUGUUGGUUCUUGUUUUCUCACUCUGCAGCCCUAAAUUUUGUUGUGUUAUCAGAGGCUCUGCGCAUUUAUCCAUCUGUUGUAGCAGUCGGGGUGGCUGUAGAUAAUGUCAUAUGUUCUUGUUA